CCACACAUUCGGACACUCAGACUGGCUCAGCCCUGUCUGGCUGCUCACUUCUCCACCGCUUGUUGAUCUGAAGUUUUCCUCACCCUGUGGCGAGCUAAUGGACCCAGAGACCCGGGUGUCCCGCUGCCGGGCCAAGGGGACAGUACAGUGAGGAGCAACAGAGCCGGAUCACUGCUGCUGGGAAAUAAAGAGCUGGAGUGGAGAGAAAGGAAAGAGGCCCGUUGGAGUGGGAAUAAUGGGAGCUGCUUAUGGAAAGAAGAAGUCAUACAGCAUCGACCACGAGCCACUGACCAAGCAGCAUUCUCUGAGAAAUGGAAGGCUGUCCAGCAGCAGAGCCUCUGCAUAUGCUGACCUGCAGCAGUGCCACUCUGAAGGCGUACACAGAAGGCCGUCCCCUGUGUCCAGCUACGUCCCCCCACCUGACUACCUGGACGAAGACGAAGACCUGAUCAAACCCAAGAAGCUGGUGAAUCCCGUCAAAGCUUCCAGGAGUCACCAGGAGCUCCACCGAGAGCUGCUGAGCAGCUGCAGACGAGGAGGAACCAGUGUGGAGACAAAACCAGAGCUGCAGAGAGUUCUGGAGUCCAGGAAGAGGGAUCAGCUGAUCCGACAGAGGAAACAGGAAGAAGAGGCUCGCAAGAAGAUUUCCCCUCUGGAGGCUGAGCUGCUGAAGAGGCACACAAAGCUGCUGGAGAUGGAGAAGCAGCAGGAGGACAACCUGAAGGCUCCAGAGUUCAUCAAAGUCAGAGAGAAUCUGAGACGGACAUCGUUCCACAGCGAGGAGGAGAAGGAGGUGUAGGAGGUCCAGAUGUUUUUAGGACACUGAGGACUAAAUCCACCAGGGACAUCCUGAAGAAUUAGAAUCCAGCUGGGACAGCCGAUCCUCAGGGACCCAGAUGCUGACAGCUGUGAUGUUUCAGAGUUGCAUGUAAAAUCUAGAGGAUAUGAUCAAAGAUUUGCCACCAAUUAUUGAUCAGCUGAUUAUUGAUCGAUCAGCCACUGAUUACUGAUCAAAUAGCCACUGAUUAUUGAUCAAUCAGCCACUGAUUAUUGAUUGAUGAACCACUGAUUAUUUAUAGAUAAUAGAAUAACAGGAGGUUUACAGAACCACAGUACAAAGUUGAGCUGCAGAACUUAGAGAAUGAGAAACAAACUUUUAUCUUAAUAUUUUUUCCUCUUGUCAUUUUUAAGGAGAAAAUGUUUCAGAGUGGAGAGGUUACUGCCACCUAGUGGUCAGAUUGCAGACAUGGUCUCAUUAAACUGCUCCUAUGCCUACAGGUUGAAACACCAACAAAAACAAUUAAUUUAAAACACCCAGGCUCGUGUUUUCUGCUGUCCUGGAUUCUAUUUUGGUCUACUCGAUUCCCCCACAUUGUUCUCCCAUCUCUGAGCAGCACUUAUCUUCUGCGUGCCUUUUGAAAGAGGAAAACAUCUUCGGCAGAACUGUUAAUGUAACAGCUGUUAGACACGAAGCAGGUUUGAAAUGACAGAUUUAGAUAUGGAAGCAGAUUGUAACUGAGGCCAAUCAGAUUUGGAUUCAACCAAUCAGAGAACAGGGGUUUGUUCUGGAGACAGCUAUCUGAAACCUGCUAACAGCUGCGAACAUCUGUCCUGUGAACUAAUGAAGCACCGUGUGACCACGUGCUCCACGUUAAACCUGCUCACAGCUGCUCAUGUUUACUCAGAGAAACAUUGGUUUACUGACUGUUAUGGCUGUCUCACAGCAACUGUUGGAGUGAUGGGGUUCAGUGUCAGUAGGACAGCUGGCAGAUGGGUCCCAAACCAGACCGAUGAUCUCAGAACCGGAGGUCCAGCUCAGCCUGCAUGAUACUGAGUGAUACGAGAGUAGAGCUGCAGCCAGGAGCAGAUUUCACAUGAACAGAGUUUACUGACUGGUGUGAAGCUGAAGAUGGGUCAUUCUGCUUGGCUUUGUGUUGUGACAAAACCCUUCAGGUCUGACUGGGUCAGUGAAGGAGAGCUGGGAGACACACCAGCGUCUGAUUGACAGGGAAGAUAUUCCAUUUUAGUUUUGUACCAAUUCUAAGAAAAACAAUCAGUAGAUGUAAAACUUCAGAGAGAAGGUAUGAAUCAGUUUGUGUAACUCGGUAGAGAAGAGCUCCUUCUGGGUCUCCUGGGUGUGAACUGGUUUUACUGGGAUGGUGCUGUGAAGGCGUGUUUGACCUCCUGCUGGAAGUACUCCCUAUGGAUCCAGAGUAGAGGAGGUUGUAAACAAUGAAUAACCAAAACCAUAAGGACAUUCUUCAUCUGCAAAUGAAGCCCUAGAGAUCCUGGACCCAAGUGGCUGAAGUGAUCUUCCUCUGGAAGUCUCCUGAUUUCCUCCUUCUGGAGAACCGCAGUUUGCUGAAAUAAUUUUCUGCUGUGGCCUGGGAACUCCUCAGGAGCUGGGGUUCCCUUCUGAACUUGUUACUUCCAAAACCCAGUGAUGGAUGGAUGGAUGGAUGGAUGGAUGGAACCCUGCCUGCUAAAGGUGUCUGGUACCUGAACACACCAUAAAGACGUGAGCAGCUGAAGUUCUGAUGUCAGAACUCUAAAUUAUUUUGAGUCACCUGAUCAGACGGUCUUUGUACCUGGAGUUUUACUGCAGUCUAAAAAUGUUCUGAUAUCUUCUAACUAACCUUUCAAACUAAUUCUUAUGUUUUUACAUUUGAAACAUUUAAUUCUGACAAACAUGUUCAUGACUGGAUCAAAACCUGAGCGGGUUUUAUUAAACUCCAACUAGACCAGAAGGUAACCACACUGAACCACACAGAACAAGCACCUCCAGUUCUGACGUCCCUUCGUUAAGGGUUUGUGAGCCUGUUCAGAUGUCUGAUUCUGGUCUAGCUUUUCUGGCCCAACUUUUUUGACCUCUGAAUUGUUUGGAUCAUGAUGAAGAGCUGCUGACGAGAGCUGGUUCUGGUUCAGGUGAUGGCUGAGCUCUUUCCUCCGUUCCAGAGGAAUCUUAUCGGACUCAUCGGUUCUGUUUUACUGUUGGAACCCAAAAAUCCAGAACCACAUUCAUGGUUUCAUCAUUCGCUCACAUCAACAGAACCCAGCGGUCAUGAAGACUUGUAUCCACCAGGUGUCGCAGUUUUACCUGUUUCCGGUCGGUCCCACUUCUAAAACAGAAAAGUUAUUUCUUCUGGUAUUUAUUUUCUACUUUUAAAGAAUUAUAAUUUAUUAACACAGAUUAAAACAACAAAAGCAUUUACACGUAUUUUUAUUGAAUUGUUUUGCACUUACAAGUCUUAUUAAUUUGCAUAUCUGUAUUAAAAUUCAUGAAGAAAAGAAAUCCUUUCUGUAUUAAACAGGUUUUGGACAAAACUGAA